AGAUUGAAGGGGAGAUGGGAGAGGGGGGAGGGAGCAGGACGAGAUAAACGUUUUGGUAGCAGCGCGUUGCGAAACUAAACUGAUCCGACUUGCACGCAGCCUUUUUUAUAUGAAACAUUCGCCUUUAUGCAAAACCAAGAAAGGGGAUCAAUCAGUUUGAGGAAAAUUAAAAACUGAUAGAGGAAACCAUCAUGGACCUAGAUUACUAAUAGAAAAUGCCGCAUGAUUAGCUCCGAGCUAAGGCGGGCUAGUUAGCCAAGACUAUUAGCUAAUAAUCUGUAUUUCGGAGGGGGUCGCUUCAAAGUCAGGUACAGGAAACACACCACAGAGAUGCGAAUAAUAACUGCGUAGGCGGUGUGCUCCACUGCUUCGCGAAGCGCCUGCACCUACCCACCUAGCUAGCCAACCUGCUACCCAAUGAAAGUGCCACUUAGCAAAGCUAGCUAGCCACCUACUUUAGUUUUACUCCUAGGGGAGCAUCCAAGGCUGUCAGCGGAUCGGCGUGGGAUGCAAGCUAACGUUACUGCUAACUAUCUUCGUAGGAUUAUCGCCACUGCCGAUGAUCUCCUGAUUUUGCACCGCCGUCCAUUGCAGAUUCGGACUCCUUUCGACCGGCUCCCCUAACUGCUUGCCAGCAAGAUGGAGACUGAGAAUAAGAGGAGGAAGUACUCGACCAGCAGCAAUGACUCAGACACCACUGACAGUCACGUGACUUCCUGGUCAAAGAGCUCUAGGAACACGGGCACCAACAGCACCUGGGUGCGGCAAGAGCAGAAGAAGCUUUCAGAGGUGUUCCGGACCGACUUCAUCACCGCCAUGAAGCUGCCGGACUCCGCCCAGCUCAGCUCGGACGACUUCUACGUGCUCUCAGACCCCUGGAGGCAGGAAUGGGAGAAGGGCGUCCAGGUGCCAGCCAACAUAGAGGCCAUCCCCGAGCCUGUGGUUAGGGUACUGCCUGGGGUGAACUGGAUCCCCUUCUACUCGCCGUCUCCCAGCCAGCCGUUUGCGGAGGCGGGCCACACGCACUCGCAGCCGCUCGAUGAGCCCGUCAGCCUUUAUGACCUCGACGACCUGGAUGUCUGUUGGCUGGAGCUGGUCAAUGCGGAGUUCAGGGAACUAGCCCUUCCAGAGCUGGACGAGUUGACGAUGGAGCGCGUGCUGACCAAGCUGGAGAGCCUGUGUGAGGAGAACAUGCAGCUGACCAUCGAGACGGGCGAAGGCCUGGGCAUCGAGUAUGACGAGGACGUGGUGUGUGACGUGUGCCGCUCCCCCGAGGGCGAGGACGGAAACGAGAUGGUCUUCUGUGACAAGUGCAACGUCUGCGUGCACCAGGCAUGCUACGGCAUCCUGAAGGUGCCCCUGGGGACCUGGCUGUGUCGCACCUGUGCGUUGGGAGUGCAGCCAAAAUGCCUGCUGUGCCCCAGGCGGGGAGGAGCCUUGAAACCCACCCGCAGCGGAACCAAGUGGGUCCACGUCAGCUGUGCCUUAUGGGUCCCAGAGGUCAGCAUCGGCUGUCCGGAGAAGAUGGAGCCCAUCACCAAGGUGUCACACAUCCCUCCCAGCCGCUGGGCCCUGUCCUGCAGCCUGUGCAGGCAGCACGUGGGCACCUGCAUUCAGUGCUCCAUGCCCUCCUGCAUCGUGGCCUUCCAUGUGACCUGCGCCUUCGACCACGGCCUGGAGAUGCACACCAUCCUGGCAGAGAAUGACGAGGUGCGCUUCAAGUCCUACUGCGCCGAGCACAGCGGCCGCCCACAGGGGGAUCAGCCCGGCCCGGAGCAGCUCCCCGCUCCGCUGGAGAAAGCCAGCCAACGAAAGCAGAAGCUGCAGGAGUUGGAGGAUGAGUUUUACCGCCUGGUCGACCCGCAGGACAUCGCCGAGAGCCUGGGGCUCCCCGGCUCCCAUGUCGACUUCCUGUACCAGUUCUGGAAACUGCGGCGGAGGUCCAGCUUCAAUCGCCCCCUGCUUGCCGUCAAGCGUGACGAGGUGGACAACCUGGCUCAACAGGAGCAGGACAUCUUGUAUCGCCGCCUUAAACUCUUCACCCACCUGAGGCAGGACCUGGAGAGGGUGAGAAAUCUGUGCUACAUGGUGACCCGCCGGGAGAGGAUGAAGCGCUCCCUCUUCGACUUGCAGGAGAGGAUCCUUCAGCUGCAGAUCCAGCUCGCCGACGACGACCUGGCAGGAGAAAAAACACUGAAGAGGCAGAAGAUGAGACGGAAUGGAGUGAAAGAGCGAGGGAAGGAGCGCCAGAAAAGCAGUCCGCCGAAGAAGGAGAGGUGGAAAACCGAAAGGGGGAAACUCCUCAGGGGCCUGGGCUUGUCCAAGCCCUGCCCGCUGGACGGUGCCCUUUUCAACGGCUGGUUGGCGCAGUCCAUGCAGAUCACGACAGACAACAUGCUGGGCCAGUGGUCUCUGGAUGGAGAGCCCCAGGACAGGACGGCCAGCCUGCUGUCGGACCAGCUGCUGCAGGGAGAGGAGAGCCUCCUUAUCCUCAUGAAGGAGCCUUCUGUGAAGCCCGCCUGGAAAGUCCCCCAGCUGGGCUGCCAGGCCAGAGCCAAGCCUCGCGGCAAAGGCCACAAAGGCAGGGAGUUGGGCCAGGCCGAGGCGCGUAAAGCCGAGAGGUCGCGCGCCGCCCCCAAGGCCCCGCCCAAGCACUCGUUCAGCCCCUCGCACGUGGCCCCUGAGCCUACCCCUCAGGCCCCCGACUCAAAGAUGGACUCCUGCCACAUUUCGGAUAAGUGGCGGCCCGUCGCGGCGGCCUCUUCCAGGGAAGCAGCCGGGGCCACGGUCCGGGCACGUCCACCGAGACAGGGAAGGUCCCGAGCGGCCGGCUUGGAGCUGGGAGGGGUGAGCAGUCCCGGCCCAAAGGACGGCUCUCUCCUGGACCCCGAGAUGGAUGGGUUCUUCUCCGAUGCGGAACUGAGGAGCUCCGAUGUUCACUUGGGCCACAGCAAGCUCCAGUUCUCUCAGCUGCAUUCUGGGAAGACAGACGUGGUCCAGAGAAGUGUGUUGGCCUCCUAAGUAAAAGAUGGAGUCACCUGCCGAGUCGCUUUUUUUAGCAUGUGCAUCUCCCCCGACUCACUUUUUCAUACCAAAUGGUUUUUUCCGAAUCCAAAAUGGGACUUUUUAUGUAGACGUUAGCCUAUGCUACACAGAUGUUAGCCAGUGGUCGCCAACGCUGCUGGAGACGGGACAGCAGUGUUUCGGCAGAGUGGAAGCGCGGUUUUCUCUGUAUCAGCAUGCUUUUUCAGGUCUGGCUUUUGGCAAAAACUUCACCUUAAGGAAAAUCAGUGUGCGGAGGGCAUCCUGCUGUGGCUGUAGGCGACGGCCCGCGGGAUCGUGGGCAUUGUCAGCUGGCAUUCUUCAUACGCAAGACCUAUUUGUUUUUUUCUCUGUUUGCUUUUUAAUGGAAAAUGUAAUCAGAAAUAGAAAAAUUACAUUUUGCAAAGAACAUUAAAAAAAAAAAAAAAAAAACUCAAAAGCACAAUUUGGUCAACAGGGAUGAGUAACAGUGGUUACAUGCAAAUACUGCUUUACCAGGGGAAAAUCUGCUGACUGAUUGUAAAUGUUCAUAAUCACAUGCACUGUUUUGAUCGACCCCCUUAAAUGAAGUAAGUGAGCUUAUUCUGUCAGACAUUUGGUCUCUUCAUCAUUACGGAUUAUUGCUUUUCUCUCUGCAAAUCAGACACUGAAUAAAUGUGAUAAAAUGUGCCUUCCGUCUGCCCCCAAAAGUGUUUUCUACGUCAAUCCUUCUGAUUGAUUUAGCGCUGAAAUUGAAUAGAACUCUGACACCUGAGAGGAAAUUGACCAACAGAAUUUUUUUUUUUUUUUUUUUGUAUUUCCUGGUAGCAGCAAAUGGAGAGAAGAUCACAAGAGCGGCGCAGGCCGGCUGGGCCGUGGUAGCGCCUAACUCUGAUUCUUCUGCGCUGAAAUUGGGCUGCUGACAGCUGCAUGUUGCAGCAUGAUAGAGGCCAAGCCUGCAGUUUCCUGUGCGAAAAAGAAUCGAAACCAUGAGGUUGAAACAUUCCGUGUCAGAACUGCCCUGUGUAGCCAUGUGACCAUCCCUGAGUGUUUGUUGUUGUUUUUUUGUUUGUUUGUAAGCAAAUGGUUUUGUUUAAUUUUUUUUUAUUAUUAUUAUUUGUGGUCCACAUUACUGUCUCAGGGUUUAAGAACAAAGUGAGAUGUGAUUGAUGAGGGAGUAAAGCAAGUUAUAUGUAUUCUGUGGCAUGUGAGCAGCUCACGCCGCUCGGAAGCGGACUCCGCUGAGCUGUGUGUCGGUACCUCCAUGCCAAAGAGCCGUACGAGGAUGUCCGUCCUGAGGGGUUACAAGCAGAAUCUGACGCUGGGGAGGGGAGGGGUCUUGGCAGUCACCAGGAAACCCACUGCACCUCCCACAGCCGCUUAAACCCUCUGCUUGGCGAAAGGGUUUGAGUAAAAGUGACUAAUUUCUUGAGUGGGUGGGUGGGAGCAGAGCUGCGGGUUGCGAUGGGUGUUGCCAUAACGGCGAUUGCCCUGUGAUGGUGCCGUAUUUUCUUUUUGCACCGUUUAUUUUAUUUGAGUAGAUGUAUAAGAACCUUCCCGUGUUGUAGUAGCACAAGGUGCCCUUGGACGAGUGUGACGCAGCUGCUGUCUUCUAAAGACUAAGACGUCGCUACGGGAAUGACGCGUCUCCUUGUGUUAGUGUCCUCCUGUGAUGGAACUGCCUGCCAACGAGUCUGAGCAGCAAGUGGUGACAAGUGGCUGGGAGGGAGGGGGGGUCCCUAGCCUCCGAAACACUGGUCAAGGAUCGCAGUGUUGCUCAUGUGCCGAUUUAAUGCUGAGAAAGAGGAAGGGGUGUCCGCUUCCAUAGGCGUCUAACAGGUGACCGUUCUCCUUUUCACAGCAACGUAAGCUUUACUUCGUUAAUCCUCAAAAGGAUCUCCUCUACUGCUUAAUCCAUUAGGGACUGGAUUAUGGCUGCAGCAGCCUGCUAAUCCCCGGCUUCGGCCGCACCGGCUCGCUAUGAUGCAGCUCAUUCGGAACAUUUUUCCUUCUUCUUUCUCCGCUUACAUUUUUUGUAUUGGGCUUUGCAGGCUUUUUCAUUAGGUGCUUGUGUUCCAGUAGCUAUACUAUAAUGCCACACAUUACUCUUACAGCUUGCAGUGUACAUCUACAUAUUACAAUCUAGCUUCUUUAAUUUAAUGGAAGGGGGGAAAAAAUUAUAAAAAAAAUAAAAAUAUUCCCAGAAGUCGCUGCUUGAUUCUAUAUGUUCAUCUAGAGGCCGCCCUUGUUUUGCACAGAGGGAUCAAAGAAACGAAGUAGCAGGACGAAUAACGACAUCCAUGUGUUUUGAAGACUUCUCUCCCACCCCAACAAGAUGCCACGCCCUCUCAGCAUAGCGGCUCUCCCUCGGAUACGCCGGGUGUGUGUCCUUACCGCUGCUCCCUGCCCCCGUGCUGCGCUAUCGUGGUGCGUGUCACACACAGACAGGCGAUCUGUAGGGAGGGAAUUUCCGUUUCUCGUGUUUAGCAGAGCACAUGUUGUGCAGCUGUUGAUGCUUUUGACCAUGAGGUCAAUCCUUUUUUUUUUCCCUUGCUCUGAAAAUCAAAUUGCUGGGUCUACAGUGGAAACAAACAAUCUUCAGCUGCAGUCCAGCAUCCCCGCCGUCAAGUUACAAGCACUUAAGUGGCUGGAAAUUGGCUUUUUUUUUGGUGUGUUUGUAUUAAUUUAGCCCUUUUUGUUUUGUUUUUUUUGCUGGUAUGGCAGGGUGAUAUUGUGGUUAGCACUGUUACCCCAUACCUAUGGCUCCCGGGUUCGAGCCAUUUUACCCCACAGUGUGAAAAUAAUCUAAGGCGAAUUGGAGUCACGAAAUUAUCCGUGUGUGAGGGCCCUGCGAUGGGUUGUGUUGGCGUCCUGUCCUGGGUUUUUCCAGGAUAGCCUCUGAACCUCCAUAACUCUUCAUAGGAGAAGCGGGUACAGAUGGAUGGAUAGAUCGAUGGCUUCGUUCUUUUGUGCCAAAUACACCCUGAUGUGAAGUUUUUACUGCUACACAAGUAACGAACGUGUUAAAUUCUGAGGUUUCUUAACCAAGAACUCGUUGUGAAUAGUUGAUCACCCCCGACUUUCCUCAAAAUAUCCCGUUAUAUUCAUUCCUUAGUCUCACUUUCAGAGUCUGUGUGGUAACUGGCCAAUAUGGAACAACAUCAGUGAUAAAUGUUCUGUCAGACAGGUUCUUGGGUGGUCCGGAUUCAGCCCCUAGCUGAAUAUUGCUGUUAUCUGUCCCUUACUGUCCUUCUUGUUUUUCUUGAUGUGUACAGUUCCUGAAACAUUUCUGCUUUGCCUCGUAUAUUGAUACGAUAUGUUGAAUGUUACAGGGUUUUUUUGCCCACCCCCUGUCGGUAUUCUUUGUUUCAAAGAAUGUUGUGCCAUUUGUUAAUAGCAAAGAGAACUAUUGAAGAUAUAUAUUAAAAGAGCUAUUUUAAAUUAUUAUUAUUUUUUUUGCUUUUUUGCAAUAUUUAUUUUCUUGUAUUAGAACCUUCUUUGUAGGGGAAAAAAAGGCAAAAAAAUGUAUUUUUCAUUAGUGCAGAAACCUAUUUUUGUUCUUUUUUGGUACAUUUUUCAUGUUAAGCAAUCUUUAAAGCAAUAUGAUGUAGGAGAUGUUGUUUCUGUGGCUGCCUGCAUGCUGUUUGUGUUGCCUUAAAGAUGGCCCGGUUUUCCCGCCCACCUCUCACCCCCUGCAGUCUCUGCUGUUAUUGACCAGCACAGCAAAUAAAUGAUGUGUUCUCUGCUCA